CCUAAGGCGGAACACGGAGUUCAAAGGUUAUAGACGUUAGCUACAUCUCAAGCUAGCACCUGAAAACCGAUCUUUAAAUAUUUGAGAAAUGUCAUCGGCAGAAGAAAACACUGAGAUGAUUCUGCCAUGUGUGCUUGUCACUAGCACUGACAGCGAAUUUAAAGAAGAAGAGCUGAUAAAACAAAUACUCAAUUCAAAGACUUUGCCUCAGUCAACUAAGCGAGAGGAAACUGUUGUUUGGUAUCCUUGGACUAUCAAUAACAAAUAUUAUACGGCGGACGUGCAGUUGUGUGUUGUACCAAGCACGUAUAAAAUGUCUGCAGAGAUUGCCCAGUCUAUGCAGGCUUUCAUUGCUUACUUUGAUAGCAAAGUGAAGGAUGGGCUGGAAAAGCUAAAUCCCUGGAUUCCUGUGGUGGAAGAUCUCAGCCCAGAGGUGCUUAUUCUUGUGUGCGACAGAGUCUGUGAAGACGGUGUCACUAGGCAUGAAGCACAACAGUGGUGUUUGUCUCACGCAUUUGAGCUUGUGGAGCUCAAUCCACAGGAGCUACCAGAUGAGGAUGAUGACUUUCCAGAGUCCACAGGAGUAAAGAGGAUUAUUCAGGCACUUAAUGCUAAUGUGUGGUCCAGUGUGGAGAUGAAGGAUGGGCACAAUCAGGGUUUUGGCCUAAUGAGUAGUUUGGUUGCUUCCAGGCAUAACAACCCACGCCACAGCCAAGAUCCACCGUCCUCCAGCUUGCCAGCAGAGGGCACACACACCAAUGAGGAGGCCAACCACACAGACAACAGUGCAAACUCAGAUACACAAGAGGGAUCAGUUGUAGAUGCAAUGACUGAUUUAGACAUACAGGAACUCGCCAAUCUUACUGCUGGGGAUGCAGAUGCAGACAAUUUUGAGCGGCUCUUUACUAAAUUAAAAGAGAUGAAAGAUAAAGCUUCAUCAUUACCACAUGAGCAAAGAAAAGUUCAUGCUGAAAAGGUGGCAAAAGCCUUUUGGAUGGCCAUUGGUGGGGAAGAAGAUGAAGUAGAUGGAUUGUCUUCAGGUGAAGACAGCUAGAAUCAGAUAUCAGUGACUCUGUCUUCAUUCCUCUGAUCGCACCAUUUUUCCUGGAACCCACAUGGGUGUCGAUGUGGACGUCCUGCUCAUACUUGGAAGGUGGAUUUGCUUACAGAUGGCACUGUAAGAAUAGUUGUAUGAGAUUUUUAGGAUGGAAAUGAUGUAUGCAGAAAUACUAAUUGGAGGGUAAGCCAUGAGUGGCACCGGUCUUUAACCUUCUUCCCCCGGGUUUUUUAAUGUGGUUUAGCCCUGUGUGAUCCCGAAUAUGUGGUUGGUAUGGAGGUAAAAAAAAAAAAAUAACGUGGGACAUCUGAUCCGUAAUUUGUUUGUAGGUAAUAUCAACAUGUAUUUUUGUUACAUAUGUGCCUUAUCCAUGUAAGAGACUUAAUGCACGUUCUCAUAAAUCAACAUAAAACUUUUUUCAGUUUCAUUGUGACUUUAAUGUAUUUGUGAACACUAGUUUUCAAGGGUGCGUACUGCAAUUUGGUUAAACCAAAUAAGAUAUGCAGAAACAGACUUUUCAGCAAAUAAAAUUAGUAGUUGGAAUGAA